UGUUUAAAGACAUUUUAGCUGGAAGAUGCUAAUUAUCAAUGAGGAGAAAGUGACACCUGAGGAGUUCAUUUUCCAUCUUGGUCCUUGGUUCUUCCUUUGAACUCCCUCCACCAGGGGCCUCUUUGCCACUUUGUCCCCAUCCCCUACCAUCAUAAAAGAGAGCUAGUCUCUGGCCAGGGCAGCAGAACUUUUCUUUCACAUUUGCCAAGGAGUCCUUCCACUGCUGUUUCAGGGGUAUGGACAACCUGGGAGAGACUUUCCUCAACCUGGAGGAUGGCCUUGAUUCUUCUGACACUGUUGGCCUGCUGGCCUCCUGGGACUGGAAAAGCCGAGCCAGGCCCUUGGAGCUCAGCCAGGCAUCUCCAACUCAGAGCCUCUCCCCAGUUCCUUCUCUGGAGUCCUACUCUGGGGUUGCACUGCCCUGUGGGCACAGUGGAGCGAGCAUUGGCAGCAGCGAUGGCUACAGCAGCCAUGGGGCUGGUGGCCUGGUAGAGCUGGAUUAUAGCAUGUUAGCUUUCCAACCCGCCUACCUGCAAGCCUCUGGUGGUCUCAAAGGCCAGAAGGGCAGCAAAGUCAAGAUGUCUGUCCAACGGAGACGCAAAGCCAGCGAGAGAGAGAAACUCAGGAUGCGGACCUUGGCAGAUGCCCUGCACACGCUCCGGAAUUACCUGCCCCCUGUCUACAGCCAGAGAGGCCAGCCGCUCACCAAGAUCCAGACACUCAAGUACACUAUCAAGUACAUCGGGGAACUCACAGACCUCCUCAACAGCGGUGGAAGAGAGCCCAGGCCCCAGAGUGUGUGAGUUCUGCCCGCUGGGGGAAUCCUACUGGUUCCAGACCUAUGAACAGUCAUA